AUGGUCAACAUCUUCCUGACCGGAGCGACGGGCUACAUCGGAGGCAGUGUCCUGUCUUUGCUCGCCAAGUCGCACCCCGAGUAUGCGGUGAGAGCGCUAGUCCGCGACAGCGCCAAGGGAAAGAUUAUCACCGGCGCCUUCAACAAGGUCGAGAUCGUAGAGGGUGAUCUUGACGAUGUUGAGACCAUCACUCGGGAAGCUUCUAAUGCCGAUGUCGUUGUCCAUCUGGCUGCGUCUGGACAUUUGAAGAGUGUUGAGACCAUUCACAAGGCUUUGUCGUCCAAGUCGGCAGAGCAGAAGUCAUCGCACUGGAUCCAGAUCUCUGGCGCCAGCGCCCUUGCCGCAGCAGAACUCGCCGACAAGUCUCGCAGUCCAGGCUCGGCGAGCGACCUGGUCUUCAACGACCUGACCGGUAUCGACGAACUGCGAUCGUUCAUCCAAAAUUACCCGAGUCGUGCCGUCGACAACUACCUCCUCAAAGUCGCCGCCGAUGAGCCCAGGGUCAACACGGCACUAGUGUUCCCACCCAUCAUCUACGGCCGGGGACUCGGCCCUGUCAACCAGCGCAGCGUGCAGAUCCCGUCGCUGGCGAAAGCCACGCUGGAUCGCGGUCAUGGGGUACGAGUCGGCAAGGGCCUGAGCCGAUGGGGAAAUGUGCAUGUUGAGGACGUUGCACAGUUGAUUGCCCAGCUUGUCGAGCGAGCUGCGGAGGCGAAGGGUGAGGCGGAGGUUUGGAACGAGAACGGACUGUAUCUCACUGGUGUUGGUGAAAUUUCCUUUGGCGAAAUCUCGAAAUUGGUUGCCUCCGCUGCUGCUAAGAAGGGUCUCAUUUCAAAAGACGAGGUGGAGGAAGUUGGACCCGAAGAAGCGAACAAGGUGCUGCCACACGGAACGGUGCUCUUUGGAACAAAUGCUCGCAGCGAGGCACUUAGGGCUAAGAAGGUACUGGGUUGGGCGCCGACAGGCGAGAGUUUGGAGGAAGAUAUCCCCAAAGCUGUGUCUUGGGAAGCUCCCGAGGUUCAGCACAGUGGUGGUGGAGACUCAGCCCCUCAUCUCCCCUCCCGAGACUCACUGCCCCUCGUUUUGAUGCGCAGAUUCUAUGAGGAAGGUCUCCCCGAUCAUUCGGAGCUUCACUGCUCUGCCAUGGUCAACCACAAAUCUCAGUCGCUUCGCGGUCCCGAUAAGAUGAGAGUCUUGACGGCUUACUCCGGGAGGCCACCCGAUGAAUGUCUUUUGGAAACGCUGGCUCAAUUCAGCUAUCCCCCAUUGCGGGGGAGGGGUAAGUUAGACCCCGCCUGGCAGGCUACGCCGAUACUGAACAGAUACAGCGUCAGGCAGAUUGAAGCUAAGCUGGCCCUCAUCACCAUUCCAAGUCUGCUGAUUGAACUUCCGAGAGAAAUCAAUCUGGUCUCAAAGUGGACUCAGCCAACCGGCCUGUUCAUCAACAACGAAUUCGUUCCCUCAUCCUCCGGGCAGACCAUUCCUGCCAUUGAUCCAGCGACCGAAGAAGAAAUCGCGAGAGUUCAUGCAGCGACCGAAGACGAUGUCGACAAGGCCGUUAAGGCCGCCGCUGCGGCGCUGAAGGCGCCCUCCUGGAAGGCGCUGUCGGCUUCAGACAGAGGCAUACUCAUGGCCCGUCUUGCGGACCUAAUGGAGUCGAAUAAGGAAUUGCUCGCAACCAUCGACGCUUGGGAUAACGGCAAGACAUACCAAGAGGCAUUGACAAACGACAUGGUCGAAGCCGUCGGAGUUAUCCGCUACUACAGCGGUUGGUGCGACAAGAUCUUUGGCCAGACGAUCAGCCUGCCAAACAAGUUCGCCUACACCGUCCGCCAGCCCGUUGGGGUUGUAGGUCAAAUCAUUCCAUGGAAGCUCGGUCCCGCGCUAGCCUGCGGAAAUACCGUUGUUCUGAAGGCCGCUGAACAGACUCCCCUUAGCAUUCUGGUCUUCGGUCGCCUCAUCAAGGAAGCUGGCUUCCCGCCAGGCGUCGUGAACUUCAUCAAUGGUCUGGGUAAAGAUGCUGGUGCAGCCCUCGUCUCCCAUCCCUUGGUUGAUAAAGUCGCGUUUACGGGAUCAACGGCGACCGCGACCAACAUCAUGAAGAUGGCAUCUGCAACACUGAAGAACAUCACCCUCGAGACGGGCGGGAAAUCGCCGCUGUUGGUCUUCAACGACGCGGAUCUCGAGCAGGCUGUUCGGUGGUCACACAUGGGCAUCAUGUCCAACCAAGGGCAAAUUUGCACAGCCACGUCACGAAUUCUCGUGCAGCAGGAUAUAUACGACAACUUUGUCGCGAGAUUCAUCGACGAGGUCCACAAGACAAGUAAAGUCGGCAACCAGUGGGAUGCUGAAACUUACCAGGGCCCGCAAGUUUCGAAGCAGCAAUACGAUCGCAUCAUGUCCUACUUCCAGAUCGGCCGUGAUGAAGGAGCUACAAUCAAGACUGGCGGCGAAAGGCCGACGCAUCUGGGCGAUAAGGGUUACUAUGUUGCGCCGACCGUCUUCACCGACGUCAAGAGCGACAUGAAGAUAUGGCGCGAGGAAAUCUUCGGCCCUGUCGUCGUGACCCAAAAGUUUGGCGACGAGGCCGAGGCGGUGUCGAUUGCCAAUGACAGUGUCUAUGGCCUCGGCGCAGCAGUCUUCACGACAAACUUGGAAAAGGCCCAUCGCGUGGCUGCUGAGAUCGAGGCGGGUAUGGUGGUCCCCUUUGGCGGCGUGAAGCAGAGCGGCAUCGGGCGGGAGCUUGCUCUAGAUAUUAGAAGCAUCAUCGCAUUCAAGUGCUUCGGCAGACACCACAACUACUCCUGUGGGAUUUCGAAGGAAGAUGACGCGAUUCAGAAGGGGUCUUUUCCCAAAGUCGCAACCUUGCCACAUCAAAGGUUCAGCCAAGGCUUUCCAAUGGCUCAGGAUGGCGAGCGCGCCGCUGAUGGCAAACCCGUCAACUUUGGCCUCGUACUCUUCCCAGCCUUUCAGUCCCUUGACGUCUUCGGGCCCUUAGACGCCCUCAACAUGCUAUCAGGCUCAUACAAAAUGAACCUCUACAUCAUUGCAGAUACCCUAGACCCGGUGCCAACAAGGGUCAAGGACGACAGCCACAUCUCAAACUUCUGCGAGAGCGUCGUCCCAACACACACAUUUCAGACCGCCCCGCCCCUUGACGUCCUCAUCGUCCCCGGCGGGCAGGGGACUCGGAACCCGGGCAUCAGCACCGCAAUCGACUUUGUCAAGGAGCGCUUCGACUCGCUGCAGUACUUACUGACCGUCUGUACCGGCGCCGGAGUCGCGGCACGGGCGGGCGUGCUAGAUGGGCGGAGGGCGACGACGAAUAAGCUCUCGUGGGACCAGACGAUUGCGCUGCGACCGCAGGUUAACUGGAUUCACAAGGCAAGGUGGGUGCAGGAUGGGAAUGUGUGGACGUCUUCAGGCAUUAGUGCAGGCAUCGAUCUGGCAUUUGCGUGGAUCGGAGCCGUGUAUGGGAAGGAUGUUGCAAAGAACAUCGCCAACAGAAUGGAGUAUACGCCUGUUGAGGACCCAAGCUGGGAUCCGUUUGCUGACUUGUGGGGGUCAUCAAAGUAA